AUGUCCAGAGAAAGGGAGAGAUUUGAUGAGAUAGGGAAGAAGAUCAAGAGAGACAUCGAUGCAUCGUUUCAAUUGGGAAGGAGACAUAUGUUAGGGCUUCCUGGAACCCUAAACACCAUCACACCUUGUGCUGCGUGUAAGCUUUUACGCCGUAGAUGUGCUCAAGAAUGCCCCUUUUCACCCUAUUUCUCCCCUCACGAACCUCAAAAGUUUGCCUCCGUUCACAAAGUAUUUGGUGCUAGUAAUGUCUCCAAGCUGCUCAUGGAAGUACCCGAGAAUCAAAGAGCCGAUGCCGCGAAUAGUCUUGUUUACGAAGCGAAUGUAAGGCUAAGAGAUCCGGUUUACGGGUGCAUGGGAGCGAUUUCAUCUCUACAACAUCAAGUACAAUCUCUACAAUCUGAAUUGAAUGCAGUAAGAGCUGAGAUUCUAAGAUACAAGUAUAGUGAAACCACCCAUCAUGAUCAUCAUCAUCAUAUCAUUCCUUCAACUCAUCAUUUAGCUUUGUUUUCUACUGGUGCUGUCUCAGUCACACCACCACCACCACAACAACAACGGCCUCCACCGUCUCCUCUACCGCCGCCGCCGCCUCCUCCACCGCCACCUCCUCCCGCCUCCUCCUCAUCUUCCAUGUACACCCCGCCAUCCACCACCACAGAUUACAGCACCAUCACCAACGAUAAUGUCUCCUACUUCGGUUAA